AUGGCGACUGAUGGAUUUUACAUGUUUUAUUUGGCUAGUGAUCCUCUUGCUGUACACGUGUACAUGUGUCCAAUUGUAACUCAGCUGUUCUUAGUUCUGAUAGCAGUAUUGUUAGCAGCUGAUACACUAGGUCAGUACAAAGAUCUAUCCAGACUAUUGAAAGUCAAUGAUACCACAGUAGCAGCUGGUAGUGGAGACUAUGCUGACUUUCAGUACAUUGCAAGACUUUUUGAGUCAUUAAAUUAGAUACUGUCUCAAGACCUCUCUUGAAGCAUUAGAAGGUAGAGAGAACCUCUGUAAGUUUUAAUAAGGACCCAGCUGUACAUGCAAAGUCGUGAAAUGAAUUACAGGUAUUUUUUACACCGUUAUGCUUGUUUAUAUUU